AAAAGGAAAGCACAAAAAAAACCCUCUCCCGGUUCGUCUCAGAGAGAGAGCGUCGGUGUCUCACUUGCUUGAACAAAAAGAAAACCCCAACAAAAAUCCUCACAGCUUCACCGAGAGAGAGAGCUGUGAUUUCUUCUUAGAGAGAGAAACAAAAAACGACGCUGUAAAGAUGUUCAGGAACCAAUACGACACCGACGUGACGACGUGGAGCCCCGCCGGGCGGCUCUUCCAGGUGGAGUACGCGAUGGAGGCCGUCAAGCAAGGCUCCGCCGCCAUUGGGCUCCGAUCCAAAACCCACGUUGUCCUCGCCUGCGUUAACAAGGCCAACUCCGAGCUCUCUUCCCACCAGAAGAAGAUCUUCAAGGUGGACGACCACAUCGGCGUCGCCAUUGCUGGGCUUACAGCCGACGGCCGUGUCCUCUCCCGGUACAUGCGAUCGGAGGCCAUUAACUACAAUUACACCUAUGAGUCCCCGCUCCCCGUCGGGCGACUCGUGGUUCAGCUCGCCGAUAAGGCUCAGGUCUGUACCCAACGCUCAUGGAAGCGACCGUAUGGAGUUGGACUAUUAGUAGGUGGGUUGGAUGAGUCUGGAGCUCACCUGUAUUACAACUGCCCAAGUGGAAACUACUUCGAAUACCAGGCUUUUGCAAUAGGGUCUCGCUCACAAGCUGCAAAGACAUACUUGGAACGCAGGUUUGAGAAUUUCACAGGCUCUACAAGGGAGGAUCUGAUCAAGGAUGCCCUCAUUGCAACAAGGGAAACCUUGCAGGGAGAAAAACUGAGAAGUUCCAUAUGCACAAUUGCUGUGGUUGGAGUUGGGGAGCCAUUCCAUAUAUUGGAUCAGGACACCGUCCAGAAGUUGAUUGAUGCAUUUGAGAUUGUGCAGGAUGAGGCUCCUGCUGCUGAACCCGAUGCUGGUGCUGAGCCUGCUGCAGCUGCAGAAGAGGGUGAGGGCUCUGGCGCUGGCGCUGGCGCUGGCGCUGACCAGGCAGCAGUUCCCGAACCGGAUGUAGCUCCCAUGGAUAUCUGAGGAUGAUAGAUAGAAGCAGUUGUCUUUCCAUCCCUUCAAUGAGGUUUUCUUGCAGUAUGUGGUUCUUAAGAGUAUGGAUGGUAUUGGAGAAGAUUACAAUCUUCUGGUGAACAUUUGCCGUUUCUUUUUCUUCUCUUAUAAACAUUUUGAAAGUGGCUUCUGGUUAGAUCGACUUUACAUUCAAUGUUUACCGUUACGAUACAGUUAUUGAACCUUAUUGCUGUCGGAAAACUCGAUUUUUAUUGAAUCGUUUACUGUC